AUGGGGGCGUACUUGACGCAUCCCAUAACGGAUAAGGAGUCGGAGAAUGGCGAGGAUGAUCGCAUACGGUAUGCAGCGGCGUCAAUGCAAGGCUGGCGAAUGACAAUGGAGGACGCCCACGCCGCGGUGCUGGACACUAACGGGGAUGGACGACCAGAGGUUUUCGCCGUCUUCGACGGUCACGGGGGCAGCGAGGUGGCAGCCUUCUGUGGGCGGCACCUACCAGCACAGCUCGCAACGGCUCUCGAGUCCAACCCGGGGGAUAUUCCCAAGGCCCUCAUAUCCACCUUCUUCAGGAUGGACGAGAUGAUGGCGCGGGAGGAGCACCGGGCGGAGCUGCAGCAGCUGGCGAGCGAGGGCAAGGAGAGCGAGGACGCGCGGCUGCGGCAGGAGGAGCGUGAAGCGCGCCGAGGCGAGGGCGAACGCAGCGCGCUCGUUGCCUCUGUGUUUGGGGCUGGUGAGGAGGAGGAGGAAGAGGAGGAGGAGGAAGAGGGGGAAGAGGGGGAAGAGGAAGAAGGGGAAGAUGAGGAGGAAGAGGAGGAAGAGGAGGAGGAAGAGGAGGAGGGGGAGGAGGUUGAGGAGGAUGAGGAAGAAGAAGAAGAGGAUGAGGAGGAUGAGGAAGGGGAAGAGGCGGAUAGUGGUGGGGAGGUGGUAGGAGAGGGGCCUAAGGGCAGGGCAGAUGCAGCGGAAGCAGCAGAGGAUAAGGGGUUAGAAAGAAUACAGGGUGGCGCGGUGGGUGGAGCAAAUGAAACUGUUGGAUGCAAAGGUGUGGAGCAGGGGGGGGAGAAUGAGGGGGGGGCGGAGCAAGGGGAGAAGCAGGGGGGGGAGAAGGAGCGGGGGGAGGAGCAGGGAGAGAAGCAGGGGGGGGAGAAGGAGCAGGGAGGGAGAAGCCGUGCGAAGCGGAAAUCAAAACCCAGGAGAAGCACGAGCGCGUUAGGGGCACAGGGGAAGGGCGCAUCUGCAGAUGAAGAGGAGAGCGGCAAAGGGAAGGGGAUGGAGAAGGAGGGGGAGAGUGGUGCAGUAAAAGUUGAGAGUAGUGGAGAGAAGGUUGAGAAUGGUGGAGAGAAGGUGGAGAGUGGUGGAGAGAAGGUGGAGGGCGGUGAGGAGAAUGGUGAGAGUGGUGGGCGUAAGAAGAAGAAGAAAGCGAACAAGAGGAAGCGGGAGGGCGAGCGGAAGGGGGGAGGGGCGAGGGCGCGCGUGCAUUCGUCUUCGCUAUCGUCUAGCCUCAUCAAGAUGUUUCUUGCUGAUGUUGUUAGGCGAGCGAAAGAAGAGAAGGAGAAGGAGGAGAAGGAUGGAGGGAAAGGGGAGGAGGGGAAGGAGGGGCAGAAAGGCAGGGAUGGAGGCAGAGUAGCAAAGGGUAAAGGACGGUUGAAGAGCAAGGGAGGAGAUGGAGGAGGGAAGGAGAAGGGGGAUGAGGGAGGGAGGGGAGUGGGGGAGACAAAAAGGGUUAAAGGUGGAGAGGAGGGGGAGGGAGAGGAGAGUGAGAAGAAAGGGAGAACGAAAGUGCAGGGCGAUGAGGGGAAGGGGGGAGAGGAGGGGGAGGGUGACACUGAGAUGGUAGCGCAGCAAGGAGCGGAGGGGCGGGAGGGGGCUGGAGGUGAGGAGUUGGAGGGAGAGGAUGAGGAGGACGAUGAGGGAUCAAAGGCCGGGUGCACAGCAGUGGUAGCAGUGGUGGCGGGGAGGCAGCUGGUGGUGGCGAAUGCGGGCGACUCGCGGUGUGUGGUGGGCCAGGGAGGCGAGGCGCCAAUCUUCAAGGUCAAAAGAGGGACAUCGACACCCCAAAAGGCCUACCGGGGACCAGAGGCCGGGUGCACAGCAGUGGUAGCAGUGGUGGCGGGGAGGCAGCCGGUGGUGGCGAAUGCUGGCGACUCGCGGUGUGUGGUGGGCCGGGGAGGCGAGGCGGUGUGUGGUGAGCCGGGGGGGAGAGACAGUGGAGAUGUCGCGAGACCUCAAGCCCCUCCCCUUCUCCAUCCCCCCACCUUGUGUGUGGUGUACCUUUCCAAUCCCCCCCACCCCCCCUCCAUGUGCGCCCACCAGCCAAUCUUCAUGGUCAAAACAGGGGCAGCGACACCUCAAAAGGCCUAUCGUGGCCCCGAGGCAGGGUGCACAGCAGUGGUAGCGGUGGUAGCAGGCCAGCAGCUGGUGGUGGCGAAUGCGGGCGACUCGCGGUGUGUGCCAAUCUUCAUGGUCAAAACAGGGGCAGCGACACCUCAAAAGGCCUAUCGUGGCCCCGAGGCAGGGUGCACAGCAGUGGUAGCGGUGGUAGCAGGCCAGCAGCUGGUGGUGGCGAAUGCGGGCGACUCGCGGUGUGUGGUGGGCCGGGGGGGAGAGGCGGUGGAGAUGUCUCGAGACCACAAGCCCACCAUGCCGGAGGAGCGCAGGCGGAUAGAGCAGGCGGGGAAAUUCGUGUCAGAUGGACGGAUCGACGGCUGCCUCAACCUCUCUCGUGCUCUAGGGGACAUGGAGUACAAGCACAGCCAAGCAGUGGUCACCUUUGUGCGGUCAAGGCUGGCCAAAGAGGUACCCCUAACGGACAUAUGUGCACAGCUCAUGGAUGCAUGCAUCGCCAAGGAUGCUCACUCGUCGCCUCUAGGCCUGGAUAACAUGACAGUAAUCAUUGCCCAGCUCAAACCCGCCAUGUGGCAAUCAGCGGCUUAG